AUACAGUGAUUGGCGUAGAAAGGUUUUGUUGCUACCAACCCUCUGGUUCAAUGUAAACCAUUUACUGCAAGAGAGAGUUGUUCACUCUUCUGCAAUCUCAGGGACCUGGUAUCUGUCUCAUCGUCGGUCAUAUCCGGAGUACGCAUGGCUUCACACAUGCAGAACGACAGCUCAGCCGGUUACCUGCCGGUCUUCAAAUCAUUCGCUACAGAUGCGAUCCACGUUGGUUCAGAGCCAGAGCAGUGGAACUCGAUGGCAGUAGUGCCUCCUAUUUCAUUGUCUACAACCUUUAAACAACAGGAGCCGGGAAAACAUGCGGGAUUUGAGUACAGCAGGAGUGGAAAUCCCACAAGAAACUGUCUUGAGAGAGCAGUUGCUGCUUUGGAUGGUGGAAAAUACUGUCUCGCUCUUGCCUCUGGAUUGGCUGCAACUUUGACCAUCACACAUCUUUUUAAAGCUGGAGAUGGAAUUGUGUGCAUGAAUGAUGUUUAUGGAGGAACUAACCGGUAUUUCAGAAAAAUAGCUGCGGAAGUUGGCUUUGAAAUCUCUUUUGCUGACCUCACGAAGCUAGAGGAGAUCAAAGCAGCUCUAAAACCGAAUACAAAGAUGGUAUGGAUUGAAACGCCCACAAACCCUACAAUGAAGGUUGUGGACAUCCAAGCCUGUGCAGAUAUUGUCCAUGAGUACAACAAGGACAUAAUUGUUGUUGUGGACAACACUUUCAUGUCAGCCUACUUCCAGCGCCCCCUUGCACUUGGAGCAGACAUCUGCAUGUACUCUGCAACAAAAUACAUGAAUGGACACAGCGAUGUUGUGAUGGGACUGAUUUCUCUCAGCCGUGAUGACCUCUAUGAACGACUGAAGUUUUUGCAGAAUGCUCUUGGGGCUGUGCCCUCUCCAUUUGACUGUUAUAUGUGCAAUCGGGGUCUGAAGACACUCCACCUGAGAAUGAAGCAGCACUUUAAGAACGCGUUGGCUGCGGCACAGUUUCUGGAAGCCGAUCCAAGAGUGGACAAAGUCGUCUUCCCAGGUCUUCCAUCCCACCCUCAGUAUGAGCUGACUAGGAGACAGUGCACAGGCUGUCCUGGGAUGAUCACUUUCUACAUCAAAGGAAAACUGGAGCACGCCUCAACUUUCCUCAGCAGUCUAAAGUUGUUUGCACUGGCUGAAAGUCUUGGUGGUUAUGAGAGUCUGGCAGAGCACCCAGCGAUUAUGACUCAUGCUUCAGUGUGUGAGGAUGAGAGGAAAGUGCUGGGCAUCAGUGAUACGCUCAUUCGUCUGUCUGUGGGCCUGGAGGAUGAGGAAGAUAUUAUUGCAGACCUUGACCAAGCUCUCGCUGCUGCACAUCCAAAAAAGUAAGAGGCUGAUCAAGCUUGAUCAAGAGCAGCGUUGCCACAUCUGGACGAGACAAGGACACACAUUUAUAAUUUACCUUGGUAUAUGACAGUUAUGGUUAAACUUGAAUUGCAUUUGUCAGGGAAGAACUAUUCUCAAGAAACUCAUUUGCCAUCUUUUCAUUCAAAGUACAGGAGAUUUGCUGCUUUUGUGUUUCUACUUUUUGUAAUUAUAAUUUAAUGAGGUAGCUGGGUUUCGAACAGGCUUCAGUAUUAAAACUUUUAAUACAGGAAAAAGCCAGGACUGCAAGGGAAAUUCAAUACAAUGCAAAUAAAGAUUUUUAUCUUUUUUUUAUAAGAACUCUGAUUCAAGUUAAUUCAGCAAACAACACAAAAGACACCGUUCACACAAUCAGUCUUUAUUUUCUGCACAGUCACUUCAUAAUGUUUCAAAUCACUCUUCAUUGAUCAGUUUGUAUUUUAAAUACUAGAUAUUGGUAAGAGGCUUGAGCGUUUUCAAUUCUAAAGGGAUCAUCUGAUCUUUGUCUGUGCUACCAGAUCCAUUAAAAGCCAUUUGUAAUCUC